AGUUACGGUAGGUAGAUCGGGCGACGAUGGCGGCCAACGGCGGGUCGCUGGAGCGGCGGGGCUCCAUGCGGCGGGCGGGGAGCAAGGUGAAGGAGGAGCCAGCGGCGGCCUACCAUGCCGCCGAGGAGCACGCCUCGGGACCUUCCGACAUUGAAGUGAUCAAGGAGAAGUUCGGCAAGCUGCUGCUCGGGGAGGACAUGUCGGGGUCCGGCAAAGGCGUGCCGUCCGCGCUGGCCCUCUCCAACGCCGUCACUAAUCUUGCAGCUGCUGUGUUCGGCGAGCAACGCAAGUUGGAGCCCAUGGCGCCCGACAGAAAGGCGAGGUGGAAGAAAGAAGUGGGCUGGCUCCUGUCCGUGGCGGAUCAGAUCGUGGAGUUCGUCGCCAAGAAGCAAGUCCUGGACAACGGCGUCGAAAUGGAGGUGAUGGGCACGCAGCAGCGAAGGGAUCUGCAGUCCAACAUACCGGCGUUGCGCAAGAUCGACGCCAUGCUUCUCGAUUACCUGGACGGCUUCAAGGACCGCACCGACUUUUGGUACGUAAAGCGCGACUCGUGCUCGGACGCCGAGAAAGAGGAGUCUACGGAGAAGUGGUGGAUACCCAUCGUGAAGGUCCCUCCCAACGGGCUGGCCCCGGCGUCCAGAGGCUGGAUCCAGCACCAGAAGGAGCUGGUGAACCAGGUGCUCAAGGCGGCCAUGGCCAUCAACGCCAACUGCCUCAUGGAGAUGGCCAUCCCAGAGUCCUACCUAGAGUCGCUACCCAAGAACGGGCGGGCGAGCCUCGGGGACGCGCUGUAUCGGAUCAUCACGGACGUGGAGUUCGACCCGGACGACUUCCUGUCGACGGUGGACCUGACGUCGGAGCACAAGAUCCUGGACCUCAAGGACCGCAUCGAGGCGUCGGUCAUCAUCUGGAACAGGAAGGUGCACAACAAGGACGGCAAGUCCUCGUGGGGCUCCGCCGUCAGCCAGGAGAAGCGGGAGCAGUUCGAGGAGCGGGCGCAGACGCUGCUGCUCAUCAUCAAGCACAGGUACCCCGGCAUCCCCCAGUCCAGCCUCGACAUCGCAAAGAUACAAGAAAACAGGGACGUGGGAUUUGCUCUCCUGGAGAGCUACUCCAGGGUCCUCGAGAGCCUGGCCUUCAACGUCAUGUCCAGGAUAGAGGACGUGAUCGUCGCCGACAACGUGGCCAGGGAGAAGGCCAAGAAGGACGCGCCGGCCGGCUCGAGCUCGGAGCCCGCCCCCCAGCAAGUCCCCGACGGGCCGGACAGCAUGACGCUGCUCGACUUCAUGGGCUGGAACGGCGACUCGGAGGGGAGGCCCGACGACCAGUCCCCGUCGGCGGUGGACCCGGCGCAGGACGACGGGAGGCUCAUGAAGCUGCCCAACAUCAUGACCAACCUUUUUAUGAAAACGACACAGUGAUGGGAUAUUUCUCCCCCUUUUAUGAACUUCUACUACUUUGUCAUCAACAAAAAGAUGAAUGCCGUCCAAUUACUGCAUGGCCUAUUUUGUACCAGGCUACCAGUACCAGCACAUGGUAGAAAACCAAAAGGCCUUGAGUAGAGAGUUCGUUAAUUGUUGUAAAAA